CACCAGACACCCACACACAAUUUCUCACAUACGCCGCAUACACAUCGGAGCACCUGCUUUAUAACCACUCUGUGUGUGGAUCAGUCCGUGAAUGGCUCUCCCUGCCAAGAUGCCUAUCUGUGGCUGGUUGCUGGCUCUGUCUCUGGCAGCACUAACAGGAAACAUAGUUGCUGCAAAUGAACGAACUGAAAGAAACUGCUCUCUUACACCGCCAUACAUUCCCAGUACAGCCGUAAACACCACUCUUCGGCUGCAGGAGCUACGAGAAAAGAUGCUCCCGCUGAAUAUUUCUGCAUACAUUAUCCCUGGCACAGACGCUCACCUGAGUGAAUAUAUCGCACCACGUGAUAACAGAUUGGCCUUCAUGACCGGCUUUACGGGCUCUGCAGGCACUGCUGUAGUCACUCAGACCAAGGCUGCAAUGUGGACAGACAGCCGCUACUGGGUCCAGGCUGAGAGACAGAUGGACUGCAACUGGGCACUGGAAAAAGAUGUGUCUGUCGCCAGUGUCGUAGACUGGCUCCUCGCCGAGGUCCCACAUGGUGGACAGAUCGGUUUUGAUCCCUUCCUUUUCGCUAUCAGAAAACACACAGAGUAUGAAGUCAAUCUGGAGUCAAGCAAUCGCACCCUCAAGUCCAUCCCCAAUAACCUGGUGGAUGAAGUGUGGAAGGACAGGCCUCCGAUCCAGCCCUACAGCCUCACCCGCCUCCCUGACAGAGUCAUACAAAGGUCCUGGCAGAUGAAAGUAGAGCACAUUCGAAAUCAGAUGGCAGACAAUCCCUACGACUCCACAGCUCUGCUGCUGUCAGCGCUGGAUGAAAGUGCCUGGCUGUUCAAUAUGCGUGGCAACGACAUCCCGUACAAUCCCUUUUUCUACUCCUACACACUGCUGACGAUGGAUGAGAUCUGGCUCUUUCUACACACAGAGAGAGUGACUGAUGAAUUAAAGGUGUACCUGAACGCCUCCUGUAACGGACCCCUCUGUGUGCAGCUGAAAAGCUACGACACUAUCCUAGGUGAACUAAAGAAGUUUGUGGCCAAGCCUGGAUGCAAAGUAUGGAUUGGUACAGAAUACACAAACUAUGCAGUUGUUGAGGUCAUUACACAGGAAAAACUAUUUACAAGCUCCUACUCCCCUGUGUUGCUGACUAAAGCAGUGAAGGAUGAGACAGAACAGCGAGUCCUGAGGGAUGCACACGUUAGAGACGCAGUGGCAGUCGUCCAGCUGCUGAUGUGGCUUGAAAACGCUGUGCCCAAAGGAACAGAGACUGAGCUGACGGCUGCACAUUACGUCGAUAAGUGUCGGAGCAAACAGAUGGACAACAGUGGACCAAGCUUUGAGACCAUCUCUGCAUCUGGACCCAAUGCUGCUCUUGCUCAUUACAGCCCCACAAAUGAAACCUGCAGGAGGUUGACGGUUGAUGAGAUGUACCUGGUUGACUCUGGUGGCCAGUAUCUAGACGGCACCACUGACAUCACUCGGACAGUUCACUGGGGAAUACCCACAGCAAUGCAGAAGGAGGCCUUCACUCGAGUUCUCAUGGGAAACAUUGAAAUAUCUCGGACGAUAUUUCCAUCUGACACAAGAGGUAUAAAUAUCGAAAUGCUGGGGCGCCGGGCAUUAUGGGAAGUGGGCCUGAAUUAUGGACAUGGCACAGGUCAUGGUGUUGGGAACUACUUUGGAGUUCAUGAAUGGCCUGUUGGAUUUCAGAGCAAUAACAUCCCCUUCAGAGCCGGCAUGUUCACGUCUAUAGAGCCUGGAUACUACAAGGAGGACGACUUUGGGAUCAGGAUUGAAGACGUUGCAGUGACCGUACCUGCUCAAACAAAGUAUGGUAAUAACUACCUGACGUUUGAUACUGUGUCACUGGUGCCGUAUGACAAAAAACUGAUUGACACGUCACUUCUCAGCUCAGAGCAGCUCCAGUGGUUGAAUACAUACUAUGAGACCAUUCGGAGGGUGUUGGGUCCUGAGUUGGACAAACAGGGACUGCGAGAGGAGAAGGAGUGGAUGCUCAGAAACACCGAACCCUUCUCCAGGUCUGACUCCGGAUCAACACGACUCUUUUCCUCCUCUCUGACUCUCAUCACUGUGGCCGUCGCUCUCCUCCAAAACACUGUCUGAGCCAAUCCUGUCUCCUUUCACAGCAGCCGCUAUGCACUCUGACACCGAUGCAACCAUACAGAGUUGACAGAUGCAGAAUUUUAGCAUUUUUUAAUUAAAGGAAAUAUUUUUUUAAUGAUUUUAAUGAGGCAGGAAAAUGUUGUGAUUUUUGUGAUUUUUUUGAUCUUUUAGCCUUUGAGUUUUGAAACUGGGCAUUUUUAUGGCCAGCUGAUAUUUCCAUUUUAUUAAAGUAACGCUCUUUUAAAGACUUUA